UAAAGGCUGUGAGCGGCCGCGCUGUCUCUGUCCUGUUCCUGCGCCACCCCCGGCACCCCCCGUGCCCGUGUCCCCCGCGCUGGGGACACCCCGGUGACGCGCACGGGGGCGUGGCCGUGGGAGGGGCGUGGCUAUGGGCGUGGCCAGCACGGCGGGUUCCCCGGGGUCCCGAUAAGGCGGUGCCACGGGGGGCGUGGCGGGGGCGUGACCACCGUGAGGGGGCGUGGCAAUCGGGGCGGGUCCCCGGGGGUCCCGGCACGGCGCCGUCAUGGCGGGGGUGUUCGACAUCGACCUGGAGACCGAGGAGGGCAGCGACGGGGACGAGCCCGAGCUGGGCGCCGAGAUGGAGCUGGAGCCCCGGGGAAACGGCCUGGAGCCGGUGGGACACUAUGAAGAGAUCGAGAUUUCCGAGAGCAGCGUCAACAAUGGCCCCGAGCACAUCGGCCCGCACUGCUUCGAGCUGCUCCGCGUCCUGGGCAAGGGUGGCUACGGCAAGGUGUUCCAGGUGCGCAAAGUGCAGGGCACCAACACGGGCAAGAUCUUCGCCAUGAAGGUCCUGAAGAAGGCCAAGAUCGCCUGCAACGCCAAGGACACGGCGCACACCCGGGCCGAGAGGAACAUCCUGGAGGCCGUCAAGCACCCCUUCAUCGUGGACCUCAUCUACGCCUUCCAGACGGGCGGCAAGCUCUACCUCAUCCUGGAGUGCCUCAGCGGUGGAGAGCUCUUCAUGCAGCUGGAGCGGGAAGGGAUCUUCCUGGAGGACACUGCCUGCUUCUACCUGAGUGAGAUCACGCUGGCCCUGGGUCACCUGCAUUCCCACGGGAUCAUCUACCGGGACCUUAAGCCAGAGAAUAUCAUGCUCAACAGCCAAGGUCACAUCAAGCUGACGGACUUCGGGCUGUGCAAGGAGUCCAUCCACGACGGGGCCGUCACCCACACUUUCUGUGGCACCAUCGAGUACAUGGCCCCCGAGAUCCUGGUGCGGAGCGGGCACAACCGGGCUGUGGACUGGUGGAGCCUGGGCGCCCUGAUGUACGACAUGCUCACCGGAUCGCCGCCGUUCACCGCCGAGAACCGCAAGAAGACCAUCGACAAGAUCCUCAAGGGGAAGCUGGUGCUGCCGCCCUACCUGACGCCCGACGCUCGUGACCUCCUCAAGAAGUUCCUGAAGCGGAACCCCAGCCAGAGGGUUGGGGGGGGCCCCGGUGACGCGGCCGAUGUGCAGAAACAGCCUUUCUUCCGCCACAUCAACUGGGAGGACCUGCUGGCGCGCAGGCUGGACCCGCCCUUCAAACCCUGCCUGCAGUCGGAGGAGGACGUGAGCCAGUUCGACACCCGCUUCACCCGCCAGACCCCCGUGGACAGCCCCGACGACGCUGCCAUCAGCGAGAGCGCCAACCAGGCCUUCCUGGGCUUCACCUACGUGGCCCCCUCGGUGCUGGAGAGCAUCAAGGAGGGGUUCUCCUUCCAGCCCAAGGUGCGCUCCCCCCGCCGCCUCAACAGCAGCCCCCGCACCCCCGUCAGCCCUGUGAAGUUCUCCCCCUUCGAGGCGUUCAAGCCGGUGGCCCCAGGAGACCCCAUGGAGCUGGGGCCUCCCCAGGCCCCCCCGCCCGAGGGCACGGCCCCCCUGCCCAUCAAACCCUCGGGGGGCGCCAAGAAGCAGAAGGGCGGCCGGGGGCGGGUGCCCAGGUAG